AAGAUGGCGGUUGAUGCUGCAACAAUAACAGCAGACGGCGAACGGAACCCUAACGCCUAAGAUUCAGAUUCAGAUCUACUACUACGCCAAUCGACUCCGCUGCUAUAUCUGAAUCAGAUCGCGUCCAAUUUCUGCAACCGCCGAUCAGAUCUCAUGGCAGGGGCAGUCUCGGCGCUGUUCCUCCUAGACAUCAAAGGCCGCGUUCUCAUCUGGCGCGACUACCGCGGCGACGUCUCCGCUGCUCAAGCCGAGCGCUUCUUCACUAAGCUCAUCGAGAAAGAGGUUGAUCCGGAGUCUCAUGAUCCAGUUGUUCAUGAUAAUGGCGUGAGCUACUUGUUUAUACAGCAUAACAAUGUUUACUUGAUGACUGCGUCCAGGCAGAACUGCAAUGCCGCUAGUCUUCUCUUCUUUCUACACCGAAUAGUCGAUGUGUUCAAGCAUUACUUUGAAGAGUUAGAAGAAGAAUCGCUUAGGGAUAACUUUGUGGUUGUGUAUGAGUUGCUCGAUGAAAUGAUGGACUUUGGUUACCCUCAGUAUACUGAAGCCAAGAUUCUCAGUGAAUUUAUCAAGACUGAUGCUUACAGGAUGGAAGUUACACAGAGACCUCCCAUGGCCGUAACAAAUGCGGUGUCUUGGCGAAGUGAAGGGAUACGUUACAAGAAGAAUGAGGUUUUCCUGGAUGUGGUGGAGAGUGUUAAUAUACUAGUCAACAGCAAUGGACAAAUCAUUAGGUCUGAUGUUGUUGGUGCAUUGAAGAUGAGAACUUAUUUAAGUGGUAUGCCUGAAUGUAAGCUUGGCUUAAAUGAUAGAGUGUUAUUGGAGGCACAAGGGCGAGCAACAAAGGGAAAGGCCAUUGAUUUGGAAGACAUCAAAUUUCAUCAGUGUGUUCGUUUGGCUCGGUUUGAAAAUGACCGGACAAUAUCUUUUGUACCACCUGAUGGAGCUUUUGAUCUCAUGACAUAUAGGCUGAGUACACAGGUUAAGCCUCUAAUUUGGGUUGAAUGUCAAAUUGAAAGGCAUUCAAAAAGUCGCAUUGAGAUUCUGGUAAAAGCUAGAAGCCAGUUCAAGGAGCGUAGUACUGCAACAAAUGUUGAGAUUGAGAUCCCUGUGGUAUCUGAUGCCACCAACCCCGAUGUUCGGACAUCAUUAGGAUCUGCAGCAUAUGCACCUGAAAGUGAUGCGCUUAUCUGGAAAAUAAGAUCUUUUCCCGGAGGCAAGGAAUACAUGUUGAGAGCAGAGUUUCGUCUUCCGAGUGUAACAGCUGAAGAAUCAACUCCUGAGAGAAAAGCUCCUAUACGUGUGAAGUUCGAGAUACCAUAUUUCACUGUUUCUGGAAUACAGGUUCGUUACCUCAAGAUCAUUGAAAAAAGCGGAUACCAAGCUCUUCCAUGGGUGAGAUACAUAACCAUGGCUGGCGAGUAUGAAUUAAGACUGGUAUAAAGUUGCCCCUGCAAGGUGUUUUCUGAGGCGCUGCUCUCACGUACGAUCUUGUAUGGUUCAAAUCCAAAAUUGGUGGAUAGAUUAAAGACCGUCUUUGAGAGCCAGUUGCCCGCGAUCGGUCGUUUGUUGAGAAUGAGUCAUCUGGCCUUUGCUUUUGUGCAUGUAUAAUGAAGGUUUAUCUAACAAUGUUGUAAGUUUAUCGUCACCGGAAGGUAGAUUUAUUCAGCACGUUGAAUUAAGAUUCGUCAUUGUGGUUUUGGAUUUUUGCUGUCAUUUUUCCUAUUCGAUUCUUAUUUGUCUGGAGACUGUCCAAAUUGGUACAUAUUUUUCUUUUUUCGAUUGAGAUUCGUAUUGAAACAUGGGCUCGUUUCAACCA